CUUCCCCGUGGGGAAAGAUGAAAUAAAUAAGGUUAGCGAGGAUCAGCACGCUUCUCCCUUGAGGGUAAUGUAGGAAACAAAAACAAACAUUUGCAUGAACCCCCAAUCCCCAAUCUCCAUGUAGGAAACAAAAACAAACAUUUGCAUGUAAGCCAAUCUCCACAAUAACUUCUGCCUGCCUUCCUUCCCAAUUACUCGUGCCGUUUUUGGCAUUUUCUACCAUUACCCCAUCUCUAAUCUCAUAUAAAUACCCUAUCAAGAUUUUCAUCUGUGUUAUCGCUUCACUGCCUUAUUUUUCGUUUUCGAAAUGAAAAUAAAAUAAACCCAACACUGUGUUGCAGGGUUUCAGUGUUAGAGCGAAGAACCAGAUCGCUUGGUCGUUGUACAUAAAACGAAUUAUCAAGCUAUAGGCAUUUAUUAGGGUUUUUGAAAAAUCAUACUAGGGUUUCCAACAUUUUAUACUUUGUCUGAAAGAAUUGAACAAAAAGAGUCCUUUGAAAAGAGCUGUGGCUGGGGAUAAGCAGUUAGGAUGGUCGGAGGGGGAAUGAGGGGCAAGGACGAUGGAUCUUUAUCUCUUGGGAUAAACAGCACCAAUAUCUUCGCAGCGCUCGACAGCCGCCGAAAGAAGGGAAGCAAGAAGAAGGGGGACAAGUCAUCGGAUCAGGGGUCUACAUCUUCCAAGGGCAAAGACAAGUCGGAUCAGAAGGACUCGCAGCCCCCGCAGCAGUUCUGGGCGCCCGCGCCUGUCACCGCUAAAUCCUGGGCUGACGUUGAUGAUGACGAUGAUUACUAUGCUACCACCGCACCGCCUCCUCCCGUUUGGGGCGGCUCACAACAGUCCGCGCAGGGCCAUGAUGAGGUCGCAAAAGAGGAGACCUUGAGUCAGGCAGAGGAAAGUGACGGGGAAGAGGAUGGUUUUGAUGAAGUUGAUGAUGAUGUGGAGGAGGAACAGGAUCAUGAAAAUGAAACUUCUCCACCAGAACCUGUGGUAAGGAAGUCUCUUAUUCCUCCUGUUUUGUCCAAAGAGCCAGAGCGGCAGCUUUCAAAGAAAGAACUGAAGAAGAAGGAAUUGGCUGAGCUUGAUGCGGUACUCGCAGAGCUAGGCAUCGAAACAAAACAGAAAGAUGAUUCUAAUGGAACUGUUGAAGAUGCUAAAUCAGAAACUCCAAAUGGAGAAGUAGAGAAUAGUGAGGGUGGCUCAGUUCUUACAGAGAGUAAAAGUUCAAAGCGGAGGAAAGCGAAGAAAGAAAAAUCUUUCAAGGAGCCUAAAGACGAAGAGAGCCAUGCAAAGGAAGGGGAAGUAAAAGAUGGAGAAGGGGAACAACCUGCUGAUGGUGAAAAUUCUAGAAAAGAGGAAGAGGCCGUGGAUGGAGAUCAAAAUAGUAAUGCACCUAUUGAUAAGGAGCGUAUUAAAAAGCUUGCUUCUUUAAGAAAGAAGAAGUCAAACAAAGAGCUAGACGCUGCAGCUAAGGCAGCUGCUAUAGAGGCUGCUGCAAGAGCUGCUAGGCUUGCUGCUGCGAAAAAGAAAGAGAAAAAUCAUUACAACCAGCAGCCUGUAAGGUAAGGGCUGACUUCAGAGAUUAAUAUAGGAGAGCAAUGAGGGAGUUGCAAUAGGUAGAUCUUGGUAUUUUGGUUGAGGGUUUAUGCCAAGUUGCAAUAUUUUAUGGUUGGUGAGUUGAACAAUACAAAGAUUUCAACUGAUGAUCUUGGAAAAUCAUUCAAUGUAAAAGAGCAUCUUGUGUCCAGUUAGUGUGUUACAUUCAGCUUACCUGUUACACAUUGAAUAACAAGUGGGACUGGAAAAUCUGCUUGCAAGGUUCAGUUCAUUAUAUUAUGUCA